AUGACGGCGGAGACCCACCUGCAGGGCGUGGAGAUCUCGGCCGCCCAGUUCUUCGAGAUCUGGCACCACUACGACUCCGACGGCAAUGGGUACAUGGACGGGAAGGAGCUACAAAACUUCAUCCAGGAGCUGCAGCAGGCGCGGAAGAAGGCAGGCUUGGAUUUAACACCCGAAAUGAAAGCUUUUGUGGACCAAUAUGGGAAGGCUACUGAUGGAAAAAUAGGAAUAGUUGAGCUUGCUCAGAUAUUACCGACGGAAGAGAAUUUCCUGUUGUUCUUCAGAUGUCAGCAGCUGAAGUCAAGUGAAGACUUCAUGCAGACAUGGAGGAAAUAUGACAGCGACCACAGUGGCUUCAUUGAUUCUGAGGAACUUAAGAGCUUCUUGAAAGAUUUAUUACAGAAAGCAAAUAAGCAGAUUGAAGACUCAAAGCUAACAGAAUACACAGAAAUAAUGCUCAGGAUGUUUGAUGCAAACAAUGAUGGGAAGUUGGAGCUUACUGAACUGGCCAGACUACUCCCUGUACAGGAAAACUUUCUUAUUAAAUUUCAGGGGGUUAAAAUGUGUGCAAAAGAAUUCAAUAAAGCCUUUGAGAUGUAUGAUCAAGAUGGCAAUGGCUAUAUAGAUGAAAAUGAACUUGAUGCACUACUGAAGGAUCUCUGUGAAAAGAACAAAAAGGAAUUAGACAUUAACAACCUUGCGACAUACAAGAAAAGCAUCAUGGCCUUGUCUGAUGGAGGAAAGCUUUACCGAGCAGAACUGGCUCUUAUUCUCUGUGCUGAGGAAAACUAG